UGUCAUCACAAUGACUAUACUGGCUUGACUCUCCAUGUGCUUGGGUCAAGAUUGUGAGUGACACCAAUAUUUCAGAAAGAUACUAGAGCUUUGAUCCAAGGAUGCAUAUUUAGAAAAUCCAUACAUUCAUUCAAUUAUGAGUAUAAUAAUAUGUUGUCUGACGUUGGUUCUGCUGUACUCAUAGCCAUAUGCACGGCAGCUAUUAUUACUUCAGCCAUAGUUUUCCUUACCUUACUUGCAUUUGCAUGCUUUCAACGUCGUGAGACCCAAAAACACCAAAAUGAGGCAAGAGCAAUAAAAAAUGGGGAUAUUUGCUCAAUAUGGAAUUACGAUGGAAGAAUUGCAUAUGAAGACAUCAUCAAGGCAACAAACGACUUUGACAUCAAAUAUUGUAUUGGAACUGGCGGUUAUGGUAGCGUAUACAGAGCUCAGUUGCCAAAUGGAAAAAUAGUUGCCUUGAAGAAACUCCAUCGUUUCGAAGCAGAGGAACCAGCUUUCGACAAGAGUUUUAGAAAUGAGGUGCAAAUGUUAACUAAUAUACGGCACCGAAACAUAGUGAAGCUUUAUGGGUUCUGUUUGCACAACAAAUGCAUGUUCCUGGUGUAUGAGUACAUGGAAAGGGGAAGCUUGUUUUAUGCCCUAAGAACGGAUGUCGAAGCUGUUGAAUUAGGAUGGACUCAGAGGGUAAACAUCAUUAAAGCAAUAGCUCAUGCUCUAUCCUACUUGCAUCAUGAUUGCACACCUCCUAUUGUUCACCGAGACAUAUCUAGCAACAACAUUCUAUUGAACUCUGAAUUGGAGACUUUUGUCUCUGACUUUGGCACUGCUAGACUGCUAUACCCAGAUGCAUCGAAUCAAACAGUAAUUGCAGGCACUUAUGGAUAUAUUGCCCCAGGUAGCAAAAACUUGCCUAUACUAUGGUUGUGACUGAAAAGUGUGAUGCUUAUAGCUUUGGGGUGGUAGCACUAGAAACAAUCAUGGGAAGGCAUCCAGGCGAACUCCUCUCAUCAUUGGCAUCACGAUCUGCUCCAAACAUAAUGCUAACUGAUGUCUUAGACCCGCGCCUUCCGCCUCCAACUAAUCCAGUGGUUGUAGGGAACAUUGUUCUAGUUGCUAUGAUGGCAUUUGCAUGUGUGUGUUCUGAGCCGAGAUCUCGCCCAACAAUGCAAUGUGUAUCUCAAGAGUUUCUUUCUCGAAUGAAGACUUCAGUUACACCUCUUCAUGCAAUUUCACUUUUACAGCUAUGGAAUCGAGAAUUGAGUUUUAUCCAAUAAAUGAAUAAACUCGAUGCUUGAGCUUCCCA